CCUAACGCAGUCGUUCAAUGAGCCAAUUAGAGGAGUGCAGGGCGGGGCUUUCCACAGAGUUUCCAAACUUUUUGUGGGAAACGGAAAUGGAAAAACAAAUGGCGUAAGGAGCUUUUCAUGUCCUACGGGCAUCAGAUGUUUACAAAGAUGUGUUUGUGAUAUUUCGCUAAUUUACACAAUGGUCAUAUCAGCAUUAAUGUACGCAUAUUAUUAGCCAUUUCAUGUGUCGGUUUAUGAUUGUAAGCGCCCUUCUUUUUGUCGCGCAACCUGAAGAUGCGGCUUGUGCGCGUUCACGCGCGCGUCUGCACAUCAGAUCAACACCUAAUGAUAAGGACGAAGAUUUUAGGAAAAUCCAAUGCAAAAAAGCAACGAGUAUUGGCUCAUCAUCUGUGGCCCCUGCGGGCCCUUGGAGGGACAGAGCUUUGAGGCAAAGAGCCACCCGACAUGCUUCAUCUCAGGAUGCAGUGAAGCCAGCAUUUGGCCUCACCUUUCACAAGUGUGCCCAGGUAGAAACAGGAGGUGGUUUUCCACAGGUGAAAGUGAUGUUAGUGAUCACCAACCCUGUAGAGGGAAAUGACCUAUCACAGCUAUGUAUCCGUGAUGCUGUCUCUGAUGUCACACUCCUGCAGACCAAUGGAAGUCUACAGGAGAGAGGGUACCAGACCUUCACUACAGACUUACUGCCCGCUGGCUCUGAGUAUGUGGUUCUGUACAGAUUGAGUGUUAAAGGAAACAGAAAUCGGGUUCUGAUCCUUCCAGCAUUUCUGACUUUCUCCAAUGCAACUCAGAAUGACAUUUAUCUGUUUGGUCCUGUGGUGGCUAAUUUCACUCUGAGGAUAAAUGCUACUCAACAGGACGAUGUUGUUCUCUGUCUGAGUUUCAUAAUGUCGUUUCUUCUGACGGGUCUGCUGCUGUCAGUCAUUGUUUGCGGUGUGAACGUCAUCCUGAGCAGACGACUGCGCAAAUCCAAUCAAUCCAGAGUCAGUUCACUGCAGAGUAAAAGUAACUUUAAUGAAGAGGCGGGGCCAUACGAGGAGAUUUGUGACAUCACUGAGUCUGCCAAUCAGGAAGCAGCCUUCGAGGAUAAGUUUGUGGAUAUUCUGAUGUUGGAGGACCCACAAAACAUGAUUCAUGCGCUUGACAGUUUGAACAUUUCAACUCGACUGCGUUGUAUGAUCGGGGUGGAACACUUAAGGGUGCAGCUUUAUGAAGGUCUGUUGGUUGUGCUGCUGCGUGGUGUUCGGGCAGCGGGGCUUCUUAGUGUCCAGGCGGAGCGUCGUGUUUUGGGAGUUGUGCACGGGCAGAUUGUGGGCAUGGAGGGAAAAGUGCAGGAGGAGCACGUUGCUCGCAUGGAGGCGCUCGCUGCUCAGUGUAAUCUGGAGACGCAAAAGGAAAUGGAAUCUCAACAACAGACGCAAGCCUCAGAAAGAUCACACGCAGAACGACUGUUUCAACAAAUACAGCAACAGGAUGUGGCAGAUGUCCGCGCUCUGUUGGAGAAGCUUCAUCAGGAAGAGCAGCGCUGUCUGCAGAAGCGGCUGCUGACCAAACACGAACAUGCGUCUGCGCACGCGCAAAGACAGCAGGCGCUGGGGCGUAGAUUUGAACUGCAUAAGAUAUUCGGCGAGGAGCUGCAGGAGGCGACGAUAACAGGAGAGCUGCAGGAAAACACGGCCAACAAACUCCUGCUGCAGUACUACGGCUGUCAGGACAGUCUGGAGGAGGGGUUUGAUGUCCUUCUAGCCAAUCAGAGAAUGUUGCUGGCAGAGCGACACGCACAGCGUUAUUUACUCGUGCGGAGUUUCCAGCAUCUUCAAGCUGUGAUGAAUGACGCCUUCAAUAGCAUCAGAGACCGCAGAGCAGUAUUAGAUAGGGAGUUUUCUGAUGUUCAUCUGGAGGUUUCACGUGUAAAACAGGAGCUAGAAAACAGAGUGGGUCGCGAGUGCAGAGCCAUCCGUUGUGACAUCAUCAAAAGGAGACGGCAGCUCCUGUCAGAGAUGUUGUGUGAACACAAGCGUCAGCUGCAGGCAUCGUGUGGAGACUCUGACAUCACAGUGAAUCAGUACCUGCAGAAAUGGACAAAACUGCUGCUGAAUCAAAGCACUGAACUAUCAGAUCUCAUUAACCACCUGGACAAACAGACUGCAGACAGUAUACUCAAGGUGACUCUUCGUUUUCUGCAAGAUUCAUCUGCGCAGCUGCAUCCAGCUGCUGCACGCUUCCUCCCGCAGGCAGACGUUCUUCAAGAGAAGCUGCAGAGUUUGAGUGAAGCUGAUGCCUGCAGACUUCAGUCCACUCGCAGCUGCAUCCAGCGCAUCAAACUGCAGGAGCUGCAGGAGCAGAGAAACAUCAGAGAUGCCUUCAGAGAAUACUGCAGUUGUGUGUGUGCGUCUCAGCGGUCUCUCUCCCAUGAGCACUGGCUGAUUUUUCAGCUGAAGUGUGUGAAGGCUGCAUGCUGUCUGGAUCAUUGUCUCGUGGUGCCACAAGCUGAACCUGAUGUGACCCUCGCUGCACCUGCUGUGACAUCAGCUGCCCCAGAAAUGCAGACGAGGUCUCAGUGUAGCUCAGAGCUGAUUGAACUGAAGCGUCUGCAGAAGCUGAUGGAGGAGAGAAUGACGCUGCUGCAGCACACAGAGACUCUGGACGAAACACUGCAGAAGGAGUGGGAUGAAUCAUGCGUGUAUCAGAAGCAGCAGCUGCAUGUGUGUCAGGAGCGUGUGACUGCGUUUGUGGCUGCGCUGCAGUGGGAACAUGCAGAGAAACUGGCAAAGGUCACAGAGACGCACACAGCUCUGGUCAAACUACAUACAAUCAUCAUGCAAGAGCUGGACCACUCCACUGAGAUCACACGCACCAUACAAACACACUGCUUGGCUUUAGAGGAGGCGGAGCUUCAUCUUCAAACAGAGGAGAUUGCAUGGGAGAAGUCUUUGGAGGGGCGGGGCUCCGAUGAUUAUGAUGAUGAUGAUGAUGAAGAAGAGUAUGCAUUUACAGUGGACAGUGAGAGUAGAAUGGCCGAUCUCCUACACGAGGUGCUCUACAAGCGUCAGCUCCUCACACAGCGAUUGACUGACAGGGUGUUGAGGAAAAAUCAGACUGUAGAGUAUCAGAGAGAUCAAAUCCAGCUGAAGAGACUUAACACAUACUGCCAGCAGGAUCUGGAUUUGACAGCAGUGUUGGUCAGUCAGGCUCUGAUUACUGUUCCUGAUCUCCAUGAGGUCAUGUGUCUCCUGCUGCCUACAGUACCUGAAGGAGAACUACUUUCACUCAUAGAUGCACUAGAACCCAAAGCAGGGGAUGAUUCAGGAGCCUGCACUUCUUUAGCAGACAGACUGAGACUCGAUGUGCUGAGCAGAAAUUUGUCUCACCCUUUUCAUCACAGAGACAGAGAGAGAGACAGGCUCGUAAAGAAGCGUCAGAAGCUUUGUAUCAAGCUUUUCUCUGCUGCUGGUAGCUCUCAGGAUGUUUCUGAGGUCCAGAAAAGACACAAAAAGGUCCAGGAGUUUCCUCAGACCCCAUCUUUAACCCUGUGGUCCGAACUGCAGGAGCCGUCUGUGAUGAUGGAUGCAAAUCAGGGGGCGUGGCUAAACCAAAAUCCGCCCCAUGAGGAUGGACAAGUCUCCACAGAGCGACUGUUUGUUUUUCGGUGCACUCCACCUGCGUUUCACGAGGACACGCCAACGUCUCGCACACGCAGAAAGAAGCGAAACUAUUUGAACUUUAGGAAGAACAGCGUCGCUCCACAACAACAAACAUGAUGCCUUUACCACAAAGGAUUAUGAGAACUUCAUUAUUAUGAACACAUCUCUUCCAGCAUUUCCACAGUUUAAUUGUGUAAAUGGAGGUCCAAAUUACUGUUAUUUGCACGUGUUUAAGUACAAAGCCAAAAUCAGUGGAGUAAUCAUUGUAAACCAGAUGCACAAACACGCUGGAAUGCUUAAAAUUAUAUUAUACAUUGCGAUCAGUACCCGUAUGACAAAUGGCAAAUACACUGUAGGGACUGACUAGUAAUAUAUAAAAGAGAUUUGAAUAUCAUCUAUGGCAGGGGUGGGCAGUCCUGGCCCUGGAGGGCCACAGUCCUGCAAACUUUAGCUCCAACCCUAAUCAAACACACCUAAAAAACACACCCAGUUUUAUGACAUUUUAUAAAAUACAUUAAUUUAUGCUGAAUUAAACCUGUAAAUAAAAAUUAAGGCCACUUACCAGCAGCACUACAUUGUAUAAUUUAAUGUUUUGUUUCAUUCAAAUUCUAAGUUUGAGAUUGUUUUAUGUCAUGAAUUUUCUUUAGGGGUCUGCAAAGGGAUGGGCAUAAUAAAGGGGUGCACGUCUAAAAGUUUGAAAAUCAGUGGUAUAAUAAAACUCACUACAUUCCAGUUUUUCUGAUUGUUAAAAUGCUAAACUUCAUUCUCUGAACUAAAUUCCCAGUGGCCUAAACCCAUUUGUCAAAUCAUUUACUCUUUUGGCAAAAACUUAAAGCUCCCAUAACACACGCUGUUUCUGCUCAUCUCAUGUUAAUCUUGUGUACCUAUAGAGAAGUAUUACAUUCUUCAUAUUUCAGAAGAGUCUUUAGUUUUAUCAGAUUAAUAAGACAGAUCAGCUCUAGCUGUUUCGGGAAAGCAUAAGACAGGGUUCCCAAAGGUCCUUAAAAAGUUUGUGAAUCUGGGGAAAUAAUUCAAGGCCCUGAGAAGUUUUUGAAAAUAUACAUACAUAGAUACAGGUCAUUGAAAGUGCUUGAAUCUAUUUUAUGCAAGAAGUUUUCUGGGGAAAAAAUCCAUAUUAUUCCCUGUGUAGUGUAGAAUAAUAUCAUAAAAAUUCUAGACUUUUUAAGCACCUGUGCUAAACUGUUCGCUUUAAAUGCUUAAAUCUUCUGUAUGCGAAAUGUUGAUUCAUACCAAAAUGCUUUUUUGCAUAGUUGUGUUUGACACAUGAAAACGUCUCGGGUACGUAUGUAACUGUUGUUCUCUGAGAAGGGAACCAGACGCUGCAUCUCCCUUGCCAUACUUCCUGCAUCCCUGUAACACCGUCUUUGGCUAUAUUUCAGAUGUUACUUCCUGGCUCCCGCGUCACCCUGUCUUUGUCGUUAAGCCUCACCAUUGGUUGAAUUUGAUAUAUACAUUCAGCACACUUACCCCUGGAUACGUCCCCAAAUUGUCACCGCAGUGACAAGAAGCGUCAGAAGCUUUGUUCAGAAGAAAUUAGUUGAUCGAUGCACUAAACGGCAGUGCCGUGGUUGAAUAGUGCAGAUUAAGGGGCGGUAUUAUCCCCUUCUGACAUCACAGGGGGAGACAAAUUUCAAUUAAAUAUUUUUUCACCUGCUUGCAGAGAAUUGUUUACCAAAACUUAGUUACUGGGUUGAUCUUUUUCACAUUUUCUAGGUUGGUAGAAGCUCUGGGGACCCAUUUAUAGCACUUACAACAUAAAAAAAUUCAGAUUUUCAUCAUAUGUCUCCUUUAAAGUAUACACUAUAUUCACAGAACUAACUUGUGAUUACUACAGAUUUUUGUGUAUAAAGUGUGUUGUUAUUCACUAUAAACAUGCAUUUUUGUGUAACCAGAUACCCUGAAUGUUGCGUUUUUGUUGUAGUGUCUAAUAAAUGCUGUUGGUUUGGUUUUGUUUGAGGUUACGAGAAAGUGCAAUCUUUUUAAAAAAUGUGUUUUAGCAAUUAUAAAAAAUAACUCGCCCUCCACCCAACAAAAACACGAGCAUCUGUGCGUAGCCGUGACGUUGGCUGCAUCUCUCUCUCUUUCUUUUCUUUGUGUAACCGAGUUUCCUCUCGACAUUACUGAUGUUAUUCACAGCAGAUGUCUUUUAAACACACGACAGCAGAUAUGAGACUCGUUUCUUUCGUCUUUAUUUGUCUCAGUUUGGUUUGGAUCACGAGCUGCGCGCCUCCGACUUGUUAUUCGCGCGUUCUAGAGCUCAGCAAAGAGAUCACAGAGAUUUUGGACAAGGUUCAUAAAUCUGAUCGCACA